AUGACUCUCAAAAAAGAAAUCACCCCUUCACGUCAAGAUCAUGAAGAGGGUACAAUCGAGGAUCUCGAACUAGACCGUCUAGGCUACAAACAAGAACUACGCCGUAAUCGUUCAGUCCUAACCCUCCUCUUCCAAACCCUCGCCAUAGCAGCAAUCCCUUAUGGUGAAGGCUCACCCCUUCUCUCCGCCAUCUACGGCGGUGGUCCCCUCUCAAUCUUCGUAGGCUGGAUAGUUGUCUGCCUUCUUGAUCAAUGCAUCGCCUUUUCCCUCGCAGAGCUCGCCUCCCGAUACCCAACCUCCGCAGGCCCCUACUACUGGACCUUCCAAAUCUCCCGCGGAAAGAAAACAACCAUCUCCUUCAUCAAUGCCUGGAUCUGGCUCAUCGGAAACUGGACAAUCACCCUCUCUGUGAACUUCGGCUUCGCCUCAUUGAUCUCAGCAACUAUCUCAAUCUACCACCCAACCUGGUCAGCGUCAAGCUGGCAACUCCUCCUUAUCUUCUACGCAGUUUGCCUCGCAUCUCUAGCGAUCUGUAUUUUUGCAAAUAAUCACCUCCCUCUAGUCGACACCCUCUGCGCAACAUGGACUCUCCUCACUAUCAUAAUCAUCUUAAUCGCCAUCUCCGUCAAAGCAGAUACAGGCCGCCACUCACCAUCGUACACCCUGUCUCACUACGAUAAAUCCUUCGCCGGAAUGAUCUCCUCAAUGGCCGAGGAAUGCUCAAAUCCAGCUAUCAAAGUCCCCCGCGCAAUAGCCCUCUCCGUCCCCGUCGGCGGAAUAGCAGGUCUAUUCUUCAUCAUCCCCAUUUGCGCAACCCUGCCUCCCCUGCAAGACAUCAUCACCGCACCAGCAGGUCAAGCCCUCCCAUACAUCCUGGCUCGCGUAAUGGGUUCCCCCGCCGGCGGUCUGGGUCUUAUCUCCCUCGUCCUGGUGAUAACAGUUUUCUGCUCGAUAAGUAUAACAGUCGCCGCGUCCCGCGCGACCUGGGCCGUGGCCCGUGACGACGCUAUACCACUGGCGAGACUGUGGGCGCGCGUCGACAAGCGCUGGGGUGUGCCUGUGUGGGCGUUGGUUUUGUUGACGGUGAUUCAGAUGUUGCUGGGGUUGAUUAAUCUGGGGAGUACGAGUGCGUUUACCGCGUUUGUUUCUGUCGGGGUGAUUGCGCUCGCGGCGGCUUAUUCUGUUCCGAUCUUCUUGAGUCUGUGGCAUGGUCGUGAGGAGGUGGCCAAGGCGCCGUGGAACUGUGGAGGUGCUGUUGGGAGGUUUGUCAAUGUUGUUGCGUUGGCUUGGAUUGCGUUUGAGUUGGUGCUGUUUAGUAUGCCAACUUCUUUGCCGGUUACAGCUGUGUCGAUGAACUAUGCUUCGGUGGUGUUUGUCGGGUUUAUGACUAUCUCGGCGGUUUGGUUUUUGGUUUAUGCGAGGAAGUCGUACAAGGGUCCUCCUGCGUCGGAUGCUCUUGAUUGA